AUGUCUGGGCUACCUGAUGCUCUUCCCGCGGUCUCUCCCCCCCUCCAAUGCUCAAUUUAUGCAGAUGAUAUCUGCAUAUGGGCCAGUGAGAAGAACCAACAUAGCCUACGCAAAUCUAUUCAAGCUGGAAUCAAUGCCGCUGCUGACUUCGUCCAGGACCUUCGUCUCACCAUGUCCCCAGAAAAAUUCAAACUUAUGCUCAUCGGACGUGGAGCCUCCUGGAAACAUUCUCGACCAGUCAGCUUAAACGGCUCACCGCUAGAAGUCGUGAGAUCCCACACUUUUCUGGGCAUCACCCUCGACUCUAGACUCUCCUGGGCACCCUUCAUCAGGGAAUGCAAGAAGCGCAGUCUCACCUCCAGUAACCUCGUCAGACAUCUCAGCAGCUUCUCCUCCGGCUGCCCUCCUCGCACCCUAGCUGCUAUCCACAACGCCACCACAGUAGCCAAACUACUGUAUGCCCUGCCCUUCGCAUCCCCCUCCAAGUCCUCCUUCGAGCAUCUUGAACAGUUAAACCGCAAGGGGCUUCGCCAAGCUCUGGGACUCCCUCCAUCCUCUAGCUCCGAAGCCCUCUACGCCGAGACAGCCUCCCUGCCUCUCAGGCUUCGGGUCACCCAGCUCCUCCUCAACCAACUAGUGAGGCUCAACCUCACCUCAGCCGGCAGAGCCCUCGUCCUCAAACUGGAGCAACGACCAUCCAGCAGACUUCACUGCACUCUCCGCACCCUCCAAGGACUCAACUCCUCCCUGCCCAAACUCCCCAGCUUGCACCCUCCCUGGGCUAUUCGAGAUAUUAACAUCUCUACACGCAUUCCUGGUCUGUCCAGUAAACGCCGGACCCCAGAUAUAGUAGCCAAAUCCCUCGCCACCGAGCGCAUUAUUAGCUGUCAUAAAGAGGCCACACAAGUCUACACUGACGCUUCUCUAGACCCGGAUAGUGGAAUUAGCGCCAUCGCUUUCCACAUACCCUGCCGCAACCUAUCUGAAGCCCGCCCUAUCAUAGGGGCUCACUCGUCCACCGAAGCAGAAUUGCUGGCUAUAUACAUUGCUCUACAAGCUAUAGAGGAUUCAGACAUCAGAAGAGCAGUCAUCCUUUCUGACUCCAGAGGAGCCCUCUCCAGGAUCAGCAACCGCUAUGACCGUUGCAUCAUAGCUGACCGCGUCCAUCGCAAGCUUCAGUCCCUCCUGCUGAGCAACAAGCGUAUCUGCCUUCAAUGGAUUCCCUCUCAUAGAGGCAUACCUGGGAAUGAAGAGGCUGACAGACUCUCCAAAGAGGCAACGAAGCUCACACCUGAACACAAAGCUCCAGCUACCAUCUCCCAAAUAAAGAAGAGUAUCUAUCUUCACCUCUGGAAUUUUCAUCCGGAAAAGCACACAGCCGAGGGUACAGCCCCCCCUCUCUGUAUCACCUCUGGCCUUUCCCGUAGGGAGGCUUCACUUCUCCUACGGAUACGUUCUUCCUGCGGACGCACCAAAGCACACCUCUACCAACAAGGCAAUGCCCCGGACCCUUUCUGCCCUACCUGUAGGGUUCCUGAAACCAUUCCACACCUAAUUGACCGCUGCCACGCCACUUCAGCUGCAAGGGCUCAGCUACAUCAACGCUUACAAGCUGCAGGCAUCCGCGACCGCAGCCCUGUCAACAUUCUCUACCCGACGGGCCCAGUGCGCUCAAGAAAAAUCCUACAAAGUGAGCUUCUCAAAUUCCUGAGGCUCACUCAGCUGGAUCAACGCUUGUAA